CUCAAAUUUACCAUUUUCUGAAUCAAAUCCCUGACACACACAUACACAGAUUGAAAUUGAAGCCCAAAAAAUGAAAAUUUCCCAAAUCUGAAUGGGAACAUUUACCCUAACCCAUUUCCCUGUAAUCGGAUCCGGAUCACCCAUUCUCCGCCGUUAGCUUCCCUGAGCCACCCACCGUCCUCCCCCAUUCUUCUUCUGAGAGACUGAAAGCGUAGAUGGAUUACGGCGUGGGAUCCAUCGUGUGGGUCCGACGACGAAACGGGUCGUGGUGGCCGGGUCAAAUACUUGGCCUCGAUGAUCUCUCCGCUUCUCAUCUCACCUCUCCUCGAUCAGGAACCCCCGUCAAGCUUCUCGGCCGGGAAGACGCCAGCGUGGAUUGGUACAAUUUGGAGAAAUCUAAGCGUGUUAAGGCGUUCCGAUGUGGCGAGUUUGAUGAUUGUAUUGAGAAGGCUGAGUCCGCUCAGGGGGCGCCGUUGAAGAAAAGGGAGAAAUAUGCGCGUCGAGAAGAUGCCAUUCUUCAUGCCCUUGAACUCGAGAGGCAAAUGUUGCAGAAGCAAGCGAAAAUAGAGGUAGCAAAGGAUGGCAAUCAACCUAGUGGUGUGGUUGAUGUUUCUGAGGCAAGACCUCAGAUGAGAGGUUUGCAGGAUUUUGGGCUCAAAAUUACCCCCUUGAAAGGAAAGCUUUCAUCUUCUGUUGAUCCAUACAUUUCUCAGAAACGUACAGUUGAUGAGGGUGCUCAGGAUCUUUCAAGUGGUAGUCUUCUCAUGGGGAGUACACUUCACAUGAAUGGAGAUGGGCAAGUAGCUCGCAGAGUGAAGAGGAGCAAAUAUGUGUAUUUUCCAGCCGAGUCUAGUGAUUCUCUUGAUUAUAAAGAGUCUCUAGCCCAUGCUGAGAUGUUAUCUCCGCAACUCAGAGGGGAGUUUCCAUAUCAUGGUUCUUUGGUUGGAGAGACUGAAUCAACAUUUAUGGAUGACGUUGAGUCUGAUUCUUCAGAAACAGAUUCUAUUGAUUCCGAUUCAGAUUCUUCUGAAACAGAACCAGACAUGGAUGAAGACAUGACUAUACUUGCAGAAACUGGUCGUGAUGCUGAAGAACAUGAAAGCACUAGCAGCGAGGAGCCUGACGAGAUAGCAAUUAUCGGCGACAUGCCUCACCUUUAUGCUCGUGAAAUGAUAACAAGUAAUGGCGCUGUGUCUAAAUGGACACUAAAAGGGAAAAGGAAUAAUAGGAAUCUUGUAAAGAGGUCUUUCAGUUCUUCCAAUGGAAAAGGUACUACGUAUGGAACAGAUGCAGAUUUUGAAGGACGAAGAAGUCAUUUAAGUCACAAGAGACUGGGUCCAAAUAUGCAUCGCUACAUAAAUGAUUUUAGUGAUGCACUUGAUGAUGAUGACGAAAUGUUUGGUCUGGAAGAUGAUUAUUCUCAAACCUCUAGAGCUGUAUCAAGAAAUCGAAAUAAAAUUCAUCAUGGUGUUGAUUGGGCCAGGGAUGACCAUCUUGCUUCGAGCGGAUAUUGGGAUACUGAAGGUUUUAGUCCAAUAUAUGGUGAUCAUUAUCAUAUUGGUGGGAGGAUGAGGUCAGCGCUGGUUAAUGUAGAUUUGGAGGUUAAAUCCAGCUAUCCGAAGGAGCGUGUACCCCUUGUUUCUCUUAUGAGUAAGUUGGACGGGAGGGCAAUCGUAGGGCAUCCAAUCCAGGUUGAAACCCUUAAGGAUGGCUCAUCUGAUUUUCUAUUUUCUGCAAUUGACGACUUCAGUAAUGACGGAAGUAGUGUGCUUCCACCAGCAUGGAGGACUGCAAGAAGAACAGCAAAUUCUCGCGUCCCGCGCCCUCAAGUAUUUUCAUCAAAUGGAGCUGAAGUUGCUCCAGAGUUUCCCUCCUUAGAUCAAGAUCCGGACUUUGAAUAUAGGAAAUCCAACACAGGAAGUUCCGGUCACAAGGCAAGCCUUCAAAAGAAGAGUGGCCUUAAAAGUCAUCGGUCCUCCACGGACAAAAAGUCCUUGAAAAAGGUGCCAAAGAAGUUGAGCUUGUCAUCUAACCAGAAGACUAGAACUCUUUCCUCAUUAUCUACUGAACAUAGUCUUAGUAGAAAGCCAUCACAUGAUAGCAGCAGUAGUUAUCCAACAGAUAGAUUGAUUAAACCAGAAAUUUCUGUGCCCACCACCGUAGCUUGCAUACCAGUCCAGUUAGUAUUUAGUAGAUUACUUGAGAAGAUUAACAGGCCUCCAUUAAAGGCAGCUAGUAAUGCAGCUUUGCUGAAUACUGGUGCGGAAAGGAAAUCAUAGAUUACAUCAUGUACAUUGUUAUAUGGGACCAAUAAUCUUAUAGCACAAUUUUUUGGGGAUGUCUUAUUUCCAAUAUAUAGGGAAAUUAUUAUUCAAUUUAUUGUCUGCAUUUUAAAGAUCAAUGUGCAGUAUAGUUCCCCAUUUAUCAUGUAUCUGGUGUAGAUAAAUAAAAAAAGGUACAUGAAAUUGUUUAACUGCCUUGUGAGCACACAUUUGCAAGAUCUCAGUUCAUAGGAAAUUCGAGUAGCUAGCUAUUGAUUA